GAAUUGAUUCUGUGAUUUUAGAUAUACAUAUAUGUAUUUUUUAAACUAUACAUUUCAAUAAAAUUACUUUUAUACAUGAUUAUACUUGUCAUAAAUUAUUUUUAACUGGGGUAUAUUCACUAUUUAUUGUGUGGUCUUCCACACCUGUAGGUUGUUGUUUUAGUUGCUCUUUUCAGUGAAUAAUAAAUCCCCUACCUUAUCUACACAAUAUUUCUAAUUUUGAGCCCUUGAGGAAAGUUUCUUUCGGUUACAUAUUUAUAUUCCUCUCUGUUUUACAGAUUGGUCUCUUUUCCUUUUCUUUCCGUGGGCCCUAUUCACCUGGCAAUGAACUACAAAAGCCGUGAUGCUAUGUGGCUGGAGAAAGCCCAAAAUAUGUUUGAUAUAGGAUCUUCGCCAGGCACAGAAUCAGUACAGAAAACCACUUUAAAACGAACCAUGAGAAAUUUACUCCAAAAACGCACCCGUCUUUGGUGGAACCGCGUUUUCCUCCAGAAAUAUUUAUCUGGAGGACUCCUACCAAGAGGACUAAGAAUUCAGGUCUUUCCCUCUUACCCUGUGGAGGACAAUGAAUUGAAAAAUAAAUGGGAAGAAGCAUGUAACAAAUGCUCCCAGACCUUUCUGGAACUUUUAAUUUCGCAUAAUAAUCAUACUCUUGAUACUAUGGAACGUGAACUUGAAGACACUCAGGCAUCCCUUAUAAAGGAGUGUUCAAAAAUGGAGUUGGAAGCUUUUAAUAAAGAGCUUGAUGAGAACCUUAAUAUAUGGGAAAAAGACAUUCAGACUAUGAAAACCAAAAAAUACCAACGAGACUCGGUGGACGCCCAAUCCAACAGGGUCUAUAAAUGGAGACAGAACCAAACAAAACCCCUUGCUAGAUCACUUUCGGUGUCCUCAUUGGCAUCUGUGGGGGCAGAAUCAACAACAUCAUCUUCCUACAGACAGCAAUUCUCUGGAAGGAAGAGAAAAAUAGAACAUAGCUACGGUGGAAGGAAUACCUUUAGGAAACGCAAUUACAAUUCUCGUGAUCAAAAUCAGGACUGACCAAGAAGCGGUACGCACUUUGAUUGAACUCAUGGAUGAACAAGAACCACAACCUACAGAGACCCUGCCAUCUUUUUUAAAAGACACCAAUGAUGUACUAAGAAAAUUAGACAACUUGCAACUCGAAUCCGAUAUGGUUAUAGCUACCUGUGAUGUGGAGGCACUUUACACUUCUAUCCGACAUAGUGACGGAAUACGAGCGAAAAAGUACUUCUGCCAACACUAUACUUCAUGCAAAAUCCGGACACCCACGACACCUAGUGAAUAACAUUCCAACUGGACAAUAUCUUCG